GUCCCGCAAAUGAAACCGCGUCUGGCCACACCAGCAGCGAGGAUCCGUGAACAGCAUCGCGAAAAAAUGCCCGCAAAGCGCCGGCCCGCGGCGGCAGCCAAGCCCGGCGCAAAGGCAUGGCGAUCGAAGCUCGCCAAGGAGCACAACAUCACGGCGGCGGAGGAGGCCGAGAUCAGCGAGGCCUUCGGGCUGUUCUCGGACGAGGCGCACAGCGAGCAGGACAGAGUCAUCCCCAUCGGCGACGUCCGACGUGCAAUGAUAGCCCUAGGAAUCCCCCCUCGCGACAAGACCGAACUCGCCGAGUUCACGUCCAUCCUCGACCCCGACGACGAGGGCUACGCGCCCUACCCGGCGUUCGUGGCCAUCUGCGCGCUCAAGAUGCACGCGCGCGACCAGGGCAGCGAGGCGCACGUGCGGGAGGUCGACGAGGCGUUCUCGCUCUUCUCUGGGUCGGGCGCUCUCGGUGGUAGUGGUGGGGGAGGAGGGCCGGCCAUCACAAUGGCGCAGCUGCGGCGCGUGGCGGCCACGCUCAAAGAGGAGGUCGGCGACGACGUGCUGAGGGAUAUGAUUCUUGAGGCGAAUGGUGGGGCGGGCGUGGGGAAGGGCGUCAAUAAGGAUGAGUUCGAGAGCGUCAUGAGGAGGGCCGGGGUGUGGAGGUGAUUGGGGAGGGGUUGUGCACGACCGAACUCGAUCGAUCCGGGGAUGGCCCCCGCUGGGGAGGACAGCUCUGAGAGUAGAUUAAGGGCGCGCACAACGGUACCUUGACGACGCGGAAAUGAGGUCAUUAGGCAAGGGAAAAGAGGGUGACUUGGGCGUUAUGGAAAUUGGGUGAUACCCGGAAGGACUCCGAGCGCCAAUCCGCUAGCCACGAGCUGAACCGAGCGGUUUACAUGGACUCACGCCAUGGCUGUCGACGGAAGAGGACUAUUAAGAUGAAGCUUGUAUGAUAUGGCGGAGGCAGGCCUCAUGCCUCGGGAACCUUGAUACCGGCGCUCAUUAUGAUAGGUAGUUUUGGCGUCAGCGUACUGGCGCCUUGCAUUGUCUCUGGACGAGAUAAUAUCUAUGGAAAGUGAUUCAUUUGGAGGAUGUUGUAAUCCCCUUCGACCUAGACAUCGUGAUGCCUCUGUGGGACUGGUAGCUUCCUACCAGAU